CACGCUUGUUCAUCACGUGGCGGUGAACAUAGUAAACGUAGAGGUAUCGAGUGUGACAAUGGCUGCUCCGGUUAAAAAACGAGAAAUUCAAGAGAAUGUCGUUGUAAAACGAAAUGAUGAUGAUGAACAAGAAUCAUCUAGUGGCGAGGAUGACGAGCAAGAACAAGUGGGAGAAUCGGGUUUAGAAAUCCAAGUAGAUUUUGAAGGACGCAAUCCACAAGAUCCAGAUUAUCAUGGAAUUAAAACAUUAUUGCAACAACUUUUCUUAAAAGCGCAUAUAGAUUUGGGUGGAUUAACCGAUUUGAUAGUCUCACAAAAUUAUAUAGGAUCUGUGGUAAAACAGUCUGAAGAUUUUGAAGGAUCCGACGAGGAAGAUGUAGAAGAUACAUUCGACGUUUUUGGUAUUACUACAGUAAUUAAUAUAUCUGAUAGACAGAAUCUUCCAUGCAUACAACAAUUAAGAGAUUUAUUGAAAGAAUUAUCUAGUGAUCAUGCCACUGAUGCAGCUUAUACUAUGAUAAAGAAUGUACUUCAGAACGAUUCGCAACCAAUUGGUUUACUUAUUAACGAAAGGUUCAUUAACAUACCUGCCCAAAUAUCUGUACCACUUUUUGAAAAUUUAAUCUCAGAAAUGAAACGUGCUAGCAAUAGGCAAAUGCCAUUUAAUUUUUCAUAUUAUAUACUUAUAUGUAAAUUAUACAAAAUGGAGGAUAAAAGGAGUGGAACGAAAAAGAAAAAUAAAAAGAAGAAUAACAGUGAAACUCCAACGAUUAUAUGGAGCAAUCCAGAAGAAGAAAUAUUUGCUGAAAAAGCUUUGAUUAGUUUUGAAUUUUCCGUUGAAAAUGAAUCAGAUAGUGGUUUAUCUGGAACGUGGACUGAAACUGAUGAUGAAAUGAAGCCAUACAGACGAGUAUUACUAUUUGAAGCUUCAACUUUGCAAACUAUAAUUAAUACAAUAAAAGGCCAAUUAUCUUAAUCUUGAAUUAACGUAAAUCGGAUAUAUAACGAAACUCGCUUGAAUUUCUACAGAAAUAUCAAUAUACUUUUCAUUCUUAAGGUAACAAUAAUAAUAAUAAUAAUAAUAAUAUUAAUAAUAAUAAGCUUCGAAGAAAACACUUUUUCAUACGUUUCUACAGAAAAAAAAAAAGAAAAAAAAAAAGAAAGAAAAAAGAAAUACAUGUAACUUAUGUGGUACAUUGGAACGUGUAAAUGAGCUUUUCAUACUACUACUUACUGGAAACUUUGAAAUACAUAUAUAAAUCUUUUUCCUUGAUAUUAAUAUCUUCUCAUCCUAUACUUUAUUUAUUGCAUUUUUAUAAACGUUAACUUCUUAUUUAAGACGCGCAUCUAACAACAGUAUAAAAAAGAAGAAAAAUACACAUUUUUAUAAUAAUAUAAAUAAUACAGCCCUCCUUGGAGAGAUAUUCUUUAUAAACUUAAAAAAACAAACAUUUCUCACUUAAUUUAUUAAACAUUUUUUCUUUUCUUUUUUCUUUUUUUCCUUUCUUUUCUUUUCUUUUCUUUUUUUCCCUCUCAUUAAUUACGUCUUUGUGUCAGUGACUUGAAGAUAUUGUCUUGUUGGUUUAGCUCUUCUUCUCAUCGUUCCCAAUAUAUUGAGCAUUUCUGAUACAGCUGGUGGUGCAGUUUCUGCUUCCUGUCGUCUUUUUCUUUCCUCUUCUCUUUGUUUCUGUGAUAAAUAUAUCAUAAAUUAUAAUUCAUAAUAAUAAUCAUACAUUUAAUAUCAUGUUAUAAUUAUUACUUACAUCCGUCUGCUUCAAUGUGAAUCGACCGCCUUUUAUUUGAUUAAUAAUAUCAUCGAUGACUGAAACAUAACAAAAAAAAAACAAAAGAUAGUAAAAAAAAUAUAAGCUUUAUCAAAAAGUUAUUUGUUUGACUUCCUACCAGGCUGUUGUGUGACAGCUGAAGUUUUCUUGGGUAUUCCAAGCAUGCAUUCCAUAUCGCUAACUGCAUUAGACUCAGAAUGCAAUUUUUCCUUCGUUAACAAUUUUACUGUUGCAUUUCCAGUUGACGAUAAGGAAGGCAAUGGUGGUGGUGGUGGUGGUGGUGGGGGUGGAGGUGGUAGUAACAAAGACGGAAUUGGUCUAGCUAUUUUUUCUUCCAAAUCAAUUAUUUUUUCUUUCAUAGUUCUAAUAACAUCCUCCAAAUUGUCUACUGAUCUCUCAGCUCUUUCAGCUCUCUGUUGCAUGACAUCUAAUUCGGAUUCAGCGAGUUUCAAUUUUUCUUCAACUAUCUCAAACUCCACGUUGGAUUCCUUUUCCUCUAACUUUUCCUGUAGCAUCUGAAUCUGUGAUGCAUGAUUCUGUUGUUCCUCCUCCAAUAGUCUUUUCAAGGACUCUACUUCUUGAAGGACAGUUAACAACCUUCCGUUUGGAUCAUCGCCAACUUCGGCCAUUAAGAGAGCACUUUGAUGAGCCAAAACGUUACGUUCUUUCUGCGCCUAGAUCAAUAAAAAGUUAUUCGUAAGAUUAUACACAACGAUUUUAAAGAAAAUAAAGGCAGAUGUAUGAAGGAGAAAAAUGUGCCGUUUACCUUGUCAGCUUCCAAUUUCAUUAUUUUAGCUGUUUCUCUCUCACGAUCGCAUUGAGUCUUUAAUGCUUGAACUUCUUUUGCUACCAUCUUUGUAACUCUUUCCAUAUUUUCCUUUUGCAUUUUCAUCUCGUUUAUCUUGUCGUCGGCUACAAAUAAAUAGAAUAAUUUUUUCACAAUAUCAAAGAUAUUAAAUUAAUAAUAAGAUUUAUUUAUUGUUUGUAAGAAUUAAGAGAUAUUAUAAAAAUUUAUGUCAAUAAUAAUAAAUAUCUCUUUUAUAAAUUUUAUGAUAAAAGGUAAUAUCAUAAACUAAGGUAAAAAUUCGUUAAAAAUUUUUAAUGAUAUAAACUUUGCUCAAAAAUGUCAUAUAAUAUUCGACUAAUUAAAGAAAUAUUUAUUUUUACAUAAUAUUGUUAUUCUUUACAAAUGAAACAUCUUGCGUAAAAUAUAAUACCUUUUUGUCUAAGUGUUCUUUCCUCUUCCAAUUGAGUUGUCAAGAGUGUUAUUUGUUCUUGAGCUUCGAAUUCUUGCAAUCGUGCUGAAUUUAAAUCGGUCUGGAGUUUAGCUAUCUCUUGGCUUAGUUCUAUAAAGAAAUUUUUUUUUCAUUAAUUUUUAUGAAAACUAUAUAAUUAUAAUUAUAUUAAAAAAAAUUAUAUAAUUAUAAUUAUAUUUACAUACACACACACACACACACACACACACACAUA